AUGGAAACCAAGGCCAUGAAAUCUGUUGACAAAGAGGUUAUGAGGUGUUUUUUGAUUGAGAAAUUGCUGCCUGCUAUCAAGAAGAAAUGGCCGUUUAAUAAUUGUAAGAAGAUCUUUAUACAACAAGACAAUGCAAAACCACAUGUCCACGAGAAUGAUAAAAAAUUUAUGGGAGCGGUUAAAAGUUACGGGUUGGAUAUAGAGUUGUUGUGUCAACCUCCAAACAGCCCCGAUUUGAAUGUUUUAGACCUUGGGUUCUUUAGCGCUAUAUCUGCACUUCAUCAUACUGAUGCUCCAACCACAGUAGAUGAGUUUAUCGCAAGUGUUACGAGAGCGUUUGAAAAUUUCUCGGUUAAAGACGCAAAUAAUGUUUUCAUAACAUUACAAUCUUGCAUGAAGGAGAUUCUUAGAAUCAAGGGUGGAAUUCACUACAAGAUUCCUCAUAUGCAUAAAUGGCGUUUAAUUAGAGAUGGCCAACUCCCUAAUGUACUUGACUGUGAUCCUCAAGUAUUGAAUGAGGCCUGGGAAUUUAUGAAGGAGUAUGAAAUUACGCAAGAAAGUUCUUCAGUUUUAGACCCUAUGAAAGCAAAUCAAAUGAAGGCGAAUACGAAAAGAAAAAGAACGGGCCAGCUUGCUAUGGAUUUUAAACAAACUAUCAUCGGCAACGAUCUUUACCAGAGCUGGAUUGAUGAUGCCUCUGACCUUGUCGGAAGAAAAAAGAGAGCCAAAUCGAUCAAUAAAAUGAAGAUAGCACAGCUCAUGGACCUCCCUCCAGUAGCGAUUGUAUGUGGGUUGGCAGGAAAGCAUUGCACAGGGAUCUAUUAUCCGAAGCCAUUGCUUGAUCUAUACAGGGAUCUAUUACCCAAACCACCUGAACCAGUCGUUCCGCUUAUCCCAAUUGAAGAAAACAAUGGCUUUGGUGCUCAAUGGUUAAGGCCAUUACUGGAAGCAAACUAUUUCAUUCCUUGUAGAGACCAUGGGGAAGAAAUGUCUAAAAGUGAAUCCAAAUAUUUCUGCUUGGAUUGUAUGGGUAAAUCCAUUUGUUCUUACUGUCUGAUUCAUCAUAGAGAACAUCGCAUUGUUCAAAUAAGGAGGUCUAACUACCACAAUGUUAUAAGGGUUAAUGAAGUUCAGAAGCACGUAGACAUUUCUGGUGUUCAACAUUAUGUAAUUAACAAUACUGAAAUCGUUUUUCUCAACGAACGCCCUCAAUUAAGACAUGGUAAAAGAGUUACAAAUACAUGUGAAAUUUGUGGCAGGACCUUGCUUGGUUCAUUCAGAUUUUGUUCUUUGAGUUGCAAGGCAAAGAAGAUGAUGCACGUUGUCGAGAAAGCUAUGGAAUCUGUGGAAAAGCUUUCCAAAGCUAUGAUGUAG